GGCUCUGCGCGGUGCAGUGCAAGAUCCCUGAUCGAGUGGCCUUAGAGGUCCACGGAGAAUCCCAGCGGGGACAUCAUUGCAGCGGCUCCACUUUGCCACUCCUGCUCCUGCUGCUGCUGGCUCAAGCUGUCCCACACUGAAUCGGACCUGCUUUGGGUGCGUGCCUCCCUGGACUGUCCCAGGACUGGCUGUCUACACAAUCCUUUGGUUGCACAUUCCUGGAUUCCUCAUCUGAGAAGAAACGCCAGGGGCCAACGCAGCCAAGUGAAAGUGAAGUGGUUCUGAAGAUGGGCCCAGUAGGUGUCGAGGCAGAUGAGAAUCAAACUGUAGAAGUGAAGGUGGAACCCUAUGGGCUGGGGCACACCACUCCUAGAGGUGAACUGCCCCCUGAUCCGGAGCCGGAGCUCAUAGACAGCACCAAACUGGUUGAGGUGCAGGUGGUCCUCAUAUUGGCCUAUUGCUCCAUCAUCUUACUGGGGGUAGUUGGCAACUCCCUGGUAAUCCACGUGGUGAUCAAAUUCAAGAGCAUGCGCACAGUAACCAACUUUUUUAUUGCCAACCUGGCUGUGGCGGAUCUUUUGGUGAACACCCUGUGCCUGCCAUUCACUCUUACCUAUACCUUGAUGGGGGAAUGGAAAAUGGGUCCGGUCUUGUGUCAUUUGGUACCCUAUGCCCAGGGUCUGGCAGUACAAGUGUCCACAAUAACUUUGACAGUCAUUGCUCUGGACCGCCAUCGUUGCAUUGUCUACCAUCUGGAGAGCAAAAUCUCCAAGCGAAUCAGCUUCCUGAUUAUUGGCCUGGCCUGGGGCAUCAGCGCUCUGCUGGCAAGUCCCCUGGCCAUCUUCCGGGAGUACUCCCUGAUUGAGAUCAUUCCUGACUUUGAGAUUGUGGCAUGUACUGAGAAGUGGCCUGGGGAGGAGAAGAGUGUUUAUGGCACAGUCUACAGCCUUUCCACCCUGCUCAUCCUCUACGUUCUGCCUCUGGGCAUCAUAUCUUUCUCCUACACGCGUAUCUGGAGUAAGCUGAAGAACCACGUCAGUCCUGGAGCGGCAAGUGACCAUUACCAUCAGCGAAGGCAUAAAACAACCAAAAUGCUGGUGUGCGUGGUGGUGGUGUUUGCAGUCAGCUGGCUGCCCCUCCACGCCUUCCAACUCGCUGUGGACAUCGACAACCACGUCCUGGACCUGAAGGAGUACAAACUCAUCUUCACCGUGCUCCACAUUAUUGCUAUGUGCUCCACCUUUGCCAACCCCCUUCUGUACGGUUGGAUGAACAGCAACUACAGGAAAGCUUUCCUCUCAGCCUUCCGCUGUGAGCAGAGGUUGGAUGCCAUUCACUCGGAGGUGUCGAUGACCUUCAAGGCUAAAAAGAACCUGGAAGUCAAAAAGAACAAUGGCCCGACUGACUCUUUUUCCGAGGCUACCAAUGUGUAAGAAGGAAGGUGUGAAAGCACAUGGGUGAAUUGUGACCAGAGCUGCCAACCUGAUUAGGGAAGGUUUUCUGGCCUGUGCAUGCAGACCUCCUAUUGUAUUGACUCAGAAGCCAUAGAACGUAAGCCCCAGUGGUAUUAUUGCUGGAAAACUGGCUGGCAGAAUGAGGUGAAAAUAAACAGAUUGCCGUACAACGUUCCGCUUACCGAUGCUUGGAUGGUAGUGGAGGAGAGAAGGAAAUCCAAAGAAGCAAUUGGUAUCAGCCCAGCAUGGUUAAAAGGGAGAAGUGUUAACUCUGAAAGCACAGUAGGAUCUGCAUCAAGAGUGUCGCAGAUUCUAUGGGCUCUCUCAUCACUGGAUGAAAAGCUACUGAACAACUCAGAUUUCCCUCGGGAGCCAUAGGCUCUCUGUUAGGGUGUUUUGGUUUUAUUGUUCUUCCUAAGAUGAAACCUAAAUGAGAAUGCUAUAGGUAAACAUGGCUUGCUGACUAAGGCAAUGACUUCAAGAUAACUUCAAGAGAAUAAACACAUUUGUUAUACCAGUAAUAUUUUGGCAAUGAUGGGAGAGAUCCUUAUAUACUCUGAGCAAUUAGUUGUUCUUAAAAUCAAAUGUAACUGUAGGAAGUUUGAUUUUUAGUUCAGAAUCAAAAUCUGAAAUUAUCAGACUGAAAAGAAAUGUAAACUAUUGUCUUAUUUCUUGAUUUGAGAUAUUCCAGCUUUAUGUGGAGAUUGUUUAGAUGACAAGUAAGCAACUCAGUUCUUUUGUUUAUUGCUAAUUAUUAAAGUCUUUUGGAACAAUACAACUUCUGUUACCAUUUCUGCAUGGGAGCAAACAAAGUUCACACUAAAAAUUAAAUCAUACUAAAACAUAAUUUUGUAACAAUUUGAGUUUAGUUGUAAAAACUCACCACCCCACCACCACCACAGCUCUAAUAUCUUUACAGACACUGUAGAAUUAUCUUCUUUGGAGCUCAUCUUCAGUCGACAAAUUUAUAUUAAGUAAAAAUAUAAUUUCAUUAAAGUGAACCCAUUUGGUAAGACAUUUCAAAAACUGAGUUUAUUCCACUUUGCAAAUUUUGGUUUUCAAUAAAUUUCACAUAAGUAUUCUCUGUUUAAAAUUAGUAUAUUUUUGGUAACAUAUAUAUACAAAACAAAAGCAUAUCUAUAAAUAGGGGAGCAUUAGCAAAUUUCAUUUAAUUUUUAUUUUAUGAAUAUAGCUUUUAUUUCAAAGGUAACCAACCAAAGAUAAUUAAAACUCUAUUUUGUUCACACAGAAAAGUAAGAAAAAGAGAUGUUAAACUAGUUGCACUUCUCUUGAUGCUGAAGUUUCAAUGUAGACAUAUUUUUGUAAAUAUAGCAUAAUCUGGGAGUAUAUUCCUCACAUUUUAGAAAUAUUCAGUGUAGUCUUAUACUUAGUUAUGAUAUUAAUUUUGUGUAUAUAUUUAAAACGCAGACUCUGUCUGUUAUCAAAUUCCUUUCAGUGUGGAAAUAAAAGACUGGUCUCAAAGUGAACUAUUCCUCUGAAUACUAAAAAAGGAACAAAGCAACAAAAGUAAAAAUAGAAGUAAGGUGGACUAGAAAGUCAACCUAAUACGCUGCUGUCUGAAGUGUGUCAUAUGUCUAUAAAAUAUAUUCUUUUCUGUUGGACUCUGCACAGUCAUCUGAAGAUAAGCUUUUUACAUUUUAUGCAUAAGUUACUUUGCUUAAGAUGUUAACAGAAGGUUGUUGUGAAGUCUCUAUGUCCUUUGCAGAUUUCUUAUCCUGUGUAAAACCUGUAUGUUACUGUGACUCCGGCUGUGAUGGUAAAUUAUUGGAAUCCAAUUAGUGAUUCAAUUAACAUAUUUGUGAUUGAGUUUAUAUGUCAACUCAGUAAUAAAGCAUCUUUUAUGUGCUAGUUUUAAUGUUAAAAUAAAAAGAAUUUGAGG